CGAGGUAAGCCAUCCACUGUGACGCACUCCCAUCCGUCUUCCACGACGCGAUCUCAUUUCCUCUUCCACGAGGCCGAGGUAAGCUGUCCACCGCGACGCACUCCCAUCCGUCUCCCACGACGCGAUUUUGUUUCCUCUUCUACAAGGCUGAGGUAAGCCCUCCCCGCGAGGCACUACAAAUCAUCUGCGACGAUACUAUUUGCGAGGCCUAGGUUAGAAGGAUGAGAAGGCCAAGCUCGGCCUUAGCCACUCAAGCUCGGCCCCAACCACUCAAGCUCGGCCCAGCCACUCAAGCUCAGCCUCAACCACUCGAGCUCGACCUUAGCAACUCAAGCUCGGCCCCAACCACUCAAGCUCGGCCCAGCCACUCAAGCUCGGCCCCAACAACUCAAGCUUGGCCCAGCCACUCAAGCUCGGCCUCAGCCACUCGAGCUCGGCCUUAGCAACUCAAGCUCGGCCUCAGCCAUUCAAGCUCGACGAGAUGUACUUUUUUCUUGACCGAGGAUUUUUUCCCAUCCUCAUGGGUUUUUUUCCUCGACAAGUUUUUAAUGAGGCAUCCCCCAUGGGGUGGGUCACACAUUGACGGGAUUGUGGG